GAUGCGCGUGGUCGCCGGCGGCGGGAGGGCGCGGAGGAGCGUGGGCUGUAGCGGUGCUUCACCUCGCCAUGCCCUCUGCGAUUGGGUUGACGUCGAUGGCGGACGGGGCUCAGCUGGAGGUGGUGCGGCCCGGGAAGAUGCGCGCGCGGGGCCGACAGCGCGAGGGCGCUGAGGAGCGUGGCCUCCCCUUCCUUCCACUUCUCCCCCAUCCUGUCUGGUUCUUCUCCUCCUCUCCCUCAUGCCCCCAUCCCUGCCGCUGCGCGCAUCUCCUCCUCCCCUUCACGGAUGCCUCGAGCAGAGGCACUCGGAGGUCGACGGGUUCCUUCUCCUCCUAUCUCCCUUGCGCCCCCAUCCUGGCCGCUACCUCGUGCACAUCUCCUCCUCCCCAUCGCGUCUGCCUCAGCAGCAACAGCCGAAGUUCAGCCCAGAGGAACUGCAUGAACGCCGACCGCCACAUGUCUCACUUUAUCUAUGCCUACAAGGUGCUUGACAAAAUACCUGACUGUGAAGAGAUGAUUGCUUGGACUGUUCUGGAAAGUGGCGGUAGGAGGUACCGAAACCAUGAAAAAAUGCAAUUUUAAUAGAAACAUGGAAUGAGUUCUGAUUCUUCUCAUUUUAGUUACAAUCAUCUUUUUGAAUCUUAUUUUUUGGUAUUCAUGCUUCAUACAUUAUAUUUAUCCUUAAUCCAUGGCGGUCUCACUGCUCUUAUGCAUGUCCUGCAGUUUCGUCAAGUAUUUGAUACCCUAAUUUGUACUCUAAUGACUUCUGGUGGUAUAAUAUGCUCAAGGUUUGCAUACCGUAUACAAGUCAAGCAUAUUACUCCAAUAUCAUUCUACAAGUACCUACAAUUUUAUACAGAUGAUAAAAGCAUGUUGCCAUUACAAUAAAAAUAUACUCUGUUUUAGAGUAUGGUCCACUAAACUGUCAUGCAUUUUACUUAUUUUUAGGAUUUCGAUCCACCUAAUCAAACUGCAUAUUUAGAUGAGUUCUAGAUUUUGGCAAAACUCUAACUUUG